UCGAGCUUUGCGUUGCUGUGUUAUGUGCUCGUGCGUCGGUGAAAAACGGGGGGGGCCGCUUUUUUGCAAUUGUCAUAAGUUUUCUGAGAAAAUUAUUAAUUAGAUCGUAGCGGAUAACGUGUAAAAAGCUGAGGCAGCUCGUUCGUUUGACGGGAAAUAGAGAAUUUUGCUCGAAAACCUACACUGACAGAGUGACAAGUGUUUCUCGGUGUUUAUCGAACCGGACUUUACCGAAAAAUCCUGUUUUCCGGUUGUCUGUGCGGACCUUUGUCGAGUACGUUCGGAUUUUAAUUCAUGGAUUCCCGCUAAAUCAAAGAAAAUCGUUUAAUUUCUUAUGUAAAACAGGAUGAAAUAACGGCAUUCGGCCAAAGUCCGCCUUAAGGGCCGGACUUUCCCCCGACCAUGGGUUUCGUGCUGCGCACAUUGCCUAUCCUGGCAAUACUGUCGCAUCGGACCUGCGCAGAACAAGUUGUCCUCCUCGAUACCACUGGCGAACAAAAGCUCGAAUGGACUAGAUUUCCAUACGGACCGCAGUCCAGCACGCCUGGGUGGGUAGAGGAGUCGUUCACCAACUUCCAAAAGGGCAUUAAUUGGCGAUCGUAUGUCGUCUGCGACGUCGCCUACAGCAACGCCAAUAACUGGCUGUGGACGCCGUUCAUCGAUAGGGGGGAGGCAAACAGGAUUUAUAUAGAAAUUAAAUUUACCAUCAGGGACUGCAGCCUGUUCCCAGGAAAUGCGCUGUCAUGCAAGGAGACGUUCAGCCUGCUGUAUUACGAGUUUGACGCCGCGACGCGAGAGCCGCCGCCCUGGGACGCCGAAAGAUACAAGUUAAUUGGUCGUAUAGCGGCCGGAGAGGGUAGGUUCAACUCUAACAGCGAGGUCAACAUAAACACCGAAGUGAAAAGCAUACCGGUCACGAAAAAGGGCGUCUAUUUCGCGUUCAGAGACCAAGGCGCUUGCAUAUCUCUACUCGCUAUCAAAGUCUACUACAUCACGUGUCCGGAGGUGACGAUCAACUUUGCCAGGUUCCCUGCCACGCCGACCGGCAAGGAGAUCACCAUCAUCGAACAGGCGAACGGCACGUGCGUGAGCAAUGCCGAAGUGGUCGGUGGAACUCCCAUCUACCUCUGCAAGGGUGACGGCAAAUGGACGUUGCCCACCGGCGGGUGCAAGUGCAAGGCGGGGUUCCAACCGGAUAUAGAGAAACAGACUUGCAAUGUAUGCAAACCGGAAACGUAUAAAGCUGACGUGGGCGACGGACCCUGUCUUCCAUGUCCGGACCACUCCCAAGGCCCGGACUACGGCCUGUCGGAGUGCAGAUGCAACCAGGGACACUUUCGGGCUUCGAUUGACCCGCGAAGUAUGUCUUGCACGCAACCACCAUCGAAGCCUGUCAACCUGACGGUCAACUUCGUAGACCACUCGAACGUCAUACUGAGCUGGUUACCGCCGGAUAAGUCCGGCGGCAGGAACGAUAUAGUUUAUAGGAUAAAAUGUGAUGCCUGUAGUUUAGGACUUGUACAGUACAAUCCACCCACCGAAACGUUCAACGAGACCAGAAUCCACAUAAGCGGCCUAAACGCUGUAACGACCUAUAGGUUUCAAGUAUUCGCGGAGAACGGCGUGUCCCAUUUGGCGAAACGGACGGCUCCGGAAUACGCGGACAUAGUCGUCACGACGGAAGCGUCCGGAAUCAGCGGCAUCACCAACAUACGGGUGACGUCGGUAAAAAGUACGGAAAUAACACUGGCGUGGGACGCGCCCUCGCUUAACGACGGCUCGGACAUGGAGUCCGAUCAAGUCAUCGAAUACGAAGUCCGCUGGUUCCAACGGAACGACAUCGAAUACAGCAACUCCACCAGCUUGGUUACCAAUAAGCUAAGCGUGACCAUUACCGGGCUCAAGCAGAGAACCGAAUACGGUUUGCAAGUGAGAGCCAAGACUUUUAGGGGAGGUUGGGGUGAAUAUUCGCCGGUCAUCUUUAAAACCACCGGCCAAGUGUUGAACACAGGUACGACGAAUAAAAAAAAACGUGUCGGUUUGUAUGGAGACGCUUACGUUGCAGCCUACGUCGGACCGGAAGAAGGUAUGCGACUCCAGCUGGUGGCGGGUGGUAUAGUGGUCAUAGUGGUCAUUCUGGUGGCCGCUAUAGUGCUCACGGUGGUGUUUGUGAGGUCCAGAUCCAACGACGAGUGCAACAAGAAACAGCCCAGCGAUUGCGACACUUUGGAAUAUCGCAACGGAGAAGUUCACCACACCAGCUUGGACAACCCUCCCAUUGUAACCACCCAUACCAACGUGACCACGCCACUGUUUACCGGAAUCAGCGGUUCCUCGCGGACGUAUAUCGAUCCUCACACCUACGAGGAUCCGAACCAGGCCGUGAGGGAGUUCGCUAGAGAAAUAGACGCCAAAUGUAUAACCAUCGAGGCCAUUAUCGGCGGCGGCGAGUUUGGCGACGUGUGCAAAGGAAAACUGAAAAUGAACGGGGCGGACAUCGACGUGGCCAUAAAAACCCUCAAGGCCGGCUCUCUGGACAAGAGCCGAAACGAUUUCUUAACGGAAGCGUCGAUAAUGGGUCAGUUCGAGCAUCCCAAUGUGAUCUUCCUCCAAGGGGUGGUCACCAAAUCCAACCCGGUUAUGAUUAUAACCGAGUACAUGGAGAACGGCUCUCUGGACACGUUUUUAAGGGCAAACGACGGCAAAUUCAAAGUGAUACAGCUGGUGGGCAUGCUGAGAGGCAUCGCGGCCGGUAUGCAGUACCUGAGCGAAAUGAACUAUGUGCACAGGGAUCUGGCCGCCCGAAACGUAUUAGUUAACGCGGAACUAGUGUGUAAGAUAGCCGAUUUUGGCCUAAGCAGAGAGAUCGAAAGCGCCACCGAAGGGGCGUACACCACAAGGGGUGGAAAGAUCCCCGUGAGAUGGACCGCGCCCGAGGCGAUAGCGUUCCGGAAAUUUACAUCGGCCAGUGACGUGUGGUCGAUGGGCAUCGUCUGCUGGGAGGUGAUGUCAUAUGGAGAACGACCAUACUGGAACUGGUCGAAUCAAGACGUCAUAAAGAGCAUAGAAAAGGGUUAUCGGUUGCCUGCGCCGAUGGACUGUCCCGAAGCGAUUUACCAGCUGAUGCUCGAUUGCUGGCAGAAGGAGCGCACCCACAGGCCCACAUUCCAGUCCAUUGUAAAAACGUUAGAUAAGUUAAUUCGAGUUCCCGAUACUUUAAGGAAAAUUGCUCAGAACCGCUCGACCAACCCCCUGUCCGCAGACGCCCCCGACCUAACCCAAUUCACGUCGGUCGAAGAGUGGCUGAACUCGAUCAAGAUGACGCGGUACUUGGAGAACUUCCACGCGGGAGGCGUCAACAGCAUGGACGCGGUAGUGAAUUUGACCGUGAAAGAACUUACAGAGAUGGGCAUCACGCUCGUCGGCCACCAAAAGAAAAUAAUGAACAGUGUACAGAACAUACGCGCCCAAAUUAGGGUCAACGGUAACGAGGGAUUUUUAGUUUGAAAUGACACGGGGUGUUAGUGAAAUGGGACGGGGGUGCUAACGCCGUUUUCAGAGCUUCAAUCGACUUAUCCGACGGUACUCCCUGAUAAAAAAAUUAUCGCAACCGAAAUUAAUUAAAUAUUUAAACAAUAAUUCGGAGAUUCACAAUAAACCACCUCAUUGUGUCCUCGGCACUCACGAAAUACGUGUAUCAGUUUAUUGUAGGCAAUGACUAUAAAUCAACAUAUUAUAGGGACCUGCGAUUUACGGAGAUCCAACUAAAACUAAAAAUUGGGCAAUAAAAAUACAAUAGCUGUGUCUAUAUACAUGUCAAUAAAAUCAGUACAAAACACUGUUAAAAUCGACAUCACAAUAACACAAUUUCCAAGGUUGACGUUUAAAAAAAAAAAAAGCACAAUUCGGUCCAUAAAACAGAGCGUGAAUUCUUCGUUAUUUCUUUUAAAUUCUGAACAAUCGUUUUUAUUUUUAUUCCGCUAAAUAAUGAUAAAAUUGACACGGUAUAUCAAUAAUUGCUUAUACCAUUACCAAAAAGGCUCUAUAUUGUUUUCCCUGCUUACUUGUGGAAAUACGAAUCAGCGAUCUAGUAGAGCGUUUAAGGUUAAAAGAUAGUCGUAUGGAAUUUACGUUUUUAGGGUCAACCAAUAUUAGGGCUCAAUUAUACGGUAAGUUUUUUUACAAAAAGUGCAGACCCCGUUAAAAUUUUUCGCAUCGGCCGCCACUGAAUGCUAGUAGAUAAAGAAGUAUGCAUAGACUAGUUAGUCGUAAUUUUGUUGUCUUUCAAUUAUAAUAUCAGACAUCGGGGCACGUUUCAAUCAGACCUUCGCGAAAUUUGACCGUCCAUCGUCCAGGCGGUAUCGCUCGUGAAACUCUGAAAACGGCAAAAAAUCCAACCGUUAUAAACUACCAGUGAUUUUGUUGUUAAUAUUUUAACCUAAUAAUGGCAGCUUACGUGCUUAUAUUAAUUUUUACAAGUGAACAAUAUGUAUUUUGGAGCAAAUCAAAAGGGGUGGUCGAAGACACUUAAAUACAUAGAUUGUGAUUUUUUUUAUACAUACUUUUAUAGAUUUUUAUACCCAAGGUUUUGUAUCGCUUCGUGUAACGUCCCAUCUAUUUAAAUACGUAUACAUAUUGGUAGGUUUUAAGAUUUUUUCUAUUUAAUAUUAUAGUUUUUCUGUACAGUGUUAUAUCCCACUUCUAUUCGUCGCUUCGUUUUAUUAAUUUAUUCAAUUUUUAGCUUUGUCGAAAAUACAUUACUUUGUAUGGAACAAUUAAAAUAAGGGACAACACCAAAACGUAAAAAAAAAGAGAAAACACACGAGGUUUGUUUAUAGGCGUAAACGAGAGGAGAUAAGCAUUAUUUUUUCACAUAUCAAGUUAACGAAUAAGAUGUUUAUACCGCAUGUCCUCCAAUUAAAUGGAAGUUUCCUUAAUUCCGUCGAUUUUCUUUUAAAUUAACAAUCAAAACUAGUAUACCUAUCCCACUAAUUAAUCUGUGGCUAAUACAUCAAAAACGUUUUCUACAAAUUCAGUGUUGAUUGUAAAUAAUAAAUGUUAAAAGAUUUAUGAUAUUUUCAACGAUCGCGGUUGAUUUUUCGCGCAGACUUUGACUUGACCGAUAUUCUACUCUCAGAAAUGACGAGACUUUUUGGUUUGCUAGACAAAAAAAUAUUUUUGAGCUUUUUGACCGGCUAACGGUUUCCCCCAUAUAAUUUCAUUUGUUACGCGUACAACUUCUUGUCGUCGGCAAAGGAAAACUUAAACUAGAUAGUUAAAUUGAUGUACAAUUACUGUCCGUAGAUAUAAAAACGAGUAAAUUAAAUAAAAAAAGACUGUCGUCUAAGGGUUAAUUCUAAACUAAGAGUAACUAAUAUCCAGAGGAGAUAGCAAUAAUUGAAUGUUUUUUAAUUUGUUAAUGGAUAGAGGGCGGGUUGGACCUUUUAUUAAGGCUAAAACGCCAUAAUUUACUUUCGUUCCCUUAUUGUAAAAUUUGCGAUUCGUUGUACUUAACUAACUCUUUUAGUGCGUGUUGCUCAAGAACACUUUGCCUAACGUCUAUUUAAGAAAUUUUUUGUAAAUUUUGUAUUCGUAAAUGAAAAACAGGACUGAGACUUAUUGUAUAUUGUAUAAGCUAUAUUUUUGUUUGUUUAAAUAAAGUUUUCUGACACGAUUUGUAAUUAGAAUGCAUUCCAUCGAUUGUCGAUUCGAUUCUGCGCUUAUUUUGCUUUGCUCUUGUUCCUCUUCUAUCGCCACAUCAAAAAUAAAAACGAAAACCGUUAGCGGAAGAGUGGGGUGAUAAAAGAGGGCGAUGAAUUAUUCUUUUCUUCUAUCAUUUUUAUGCCUACAAUCAGUGCGAGUGAUGGUGUAAAAACAAUUUGAAAUGGAAUCGAAUGUUUUUUUUUUACUAAAAUUUAUACAAUUUUUAACAAUAUAUCUUUCUAUACCACUUAUUCGAGUUAAGUCAGUGUAAAAUUGUAAUAUAUUUGUAAAAUAUAAGGAUA